ACUUCUCAGUGGGCGGGACCCGAGUAGCAACAAAUGCCCAAAAGCAGGGGAGGCCCUCAGCAAAGCUCGCCGCUCCCUCAGGAAUUUCGGGGACACACAGUGCAGAACCUGGGCCAAGGACACUGCCCCGAGUCUUGCGGAGACGUGAAAACUCCCUUAAGCCGCAGGUGCCGCGCGGGGCAUCCUGGGAGAGGCCGCAGUCAGCAGCGCAGCGGCGGGAACCGCAGCCCGGCGGCCCUGGAACCUCCCAGGGACGCACUUACCUGUGAAUCUGAGAGCCCUGGAUGGCAAAGAGAGGAAAGUGUACCAAAGGAUCCAGUCUAUAUUGCUGAGACAGAAACUCGGAGAACAGCAAGAAGAAUGAAUGCUUCUCUGGUAAAUGCUCCCCAGGGUCAGUUAACAUUCAAGGAUGUGGCUGUGGACUUCUCACAGGAUGAAUGGAAAUAUCUUGACUGUGCUCAGAGGGCACUGUAUAUGGAUGUGAUGUUGGAGAAUUACAACAAUCUAUAUUUUGUGGAGAGUCAUCACUUAUCUCAUAAAUAUGAGAACGUCUUGGAUGAAGACACACAGUGUAUUAUCCACAAUCAUGUGAAUAUACAGUCUUAUAAAUGUUAUGAACUUGGAAAACUCAUUCAUGAAUCCAUCCAAAGUACAUCUUAUAAAACUAGUCACAGAGAUAUAUCUUUUGAAGCAUCAUAUAUAAGUAGACAUGGUUCUAUGAACACCAAAGAACCUUGCAGAUGUAAAAAUUGUGUAAACUGUUUAAAUUUGUGCUCUAUCAUUAGUCUUUAUCAAGGAAUCCACAUAGGACAAAAAGAACACAACACAGAGCUUGAUAAGGUUUUGGACACUAAACAUGAACUCACAUUUAAACAAAGCAAUAAUGGAAAUAAACCUUACAAAUGCAAUAAAUGUGACAAAUGCUUCACCCGCAAAGGAGAUCUUUGGAGUCAUCAGAGAAUUCAUACAGGAGAGAAACCUUACAAAUGUAGUAAAUGUGACAAAUGCUUUACCCGCAAAGGAGACGUUAUUAUUCAUGAAAGAAUUCAUACAGGAGAGAAACCUUACAAAUGUAGUGAAUGUGACAAGUGCUUUACCCACAAAGGUGGUCUUAGAAGUCAUCAAAGAAUUCAUACAGGAGGGAAACCUUACAAAUGUUGUGAAUGUAUCAAAUCUUUUAACCGGAAACGCAAUCUUAGAAUUCAUCAGAGAAUUCAUACAGGAGAGAAACCUUACAAAUGUACUGAAUGUGCCAAAUGCUUUACACGCAAAGGAGAUCUUAUUAUUCAUCAUAGAAUUCAUACAGGAGAGAAACCUUACAAAUGUAAUGAAUGUGAAAAAUGCUUUACUGUCAAAAGUGACCUUGGAAUUCAUCAACGAAUUCAUACAGGCGGGAAACCUUACAAAUGUACUGAAUGUAUCAGAUCUUUUACACAGAAAGGCAAUCUUAGAAGACAUCAGAGAAUUCAUACAGGAGAGAAACCUUAUAAAUGUAGUGAAUGUAACAAAUGUUUCACCCAGAAGGACAUUCUUAGAAGACAUCAGAGAGUUCAUACAGGAGAGAAACCUUACAAAUGUAGUGAAUGUGAAAAAUGCUUCACCCAGAAAGGUGAUCUUAGAAGACAUCAGAGAAUUCAUACAGGAGAGAAACCUUAUAAGUGUAGUGAAUGUGACAAAUGCUUUACCCUGAAAAGUGAGCUUAGAAUUCAUCAGCGAAUUCAUCUAGGUGGUAAACUAUACAAUUGUAGUGAUUGUGACAAAUGCUUUACCCAAAAAUGUAGCCUUAGUAUUCAUCAGAGAACACAUACAACAGAGAAACUGUAUAAAUAUGGUGAAUGUGAUAAAUUCUUUACCCAGAGAUGUAAUGUUAACACCAUCAGAGAAUGCAUACAUUAGAGAAACAUUACAAAUAAGGUGAAUGAGACAAAUCCUUUAUGAAGAAAGAUCAUUUUAGAAGUCAUCAGAGAGUAUGUACAGGAGAGAGACCUUACAAAUUUAGUAAAUGUGCAAAUCCUUCACUGUUGACUUAUCUCUUAGAAUAUAUCAGAAAACACAUAAAGGAGAGAUACUAUAUAGGAACUAUGUAUGAAGAAAGUUCUUUUCUAGUAUCUCAGGUCUAAAAAAAAAAUCAUGUAAUUCAUGGUAGGAAAAAAGUUUCCACUUUCAAAAGUGUGGCAUGUGCUUUUAUGCAAGCAGUAUUUUUCUGGCACUUCAAGCUCUUUACAAGAGAAUUGUUAUGAACAUAAGAAACUUGUGGAAAUCUUUAUGUAGAUGUUCAAAUCUUAAAAACUCAAGCACUGGGUUGGAGAGAUGGCUCAGUGAUUAAGAGCAUUAGCUGCUCUUCCAGAGGUCCUGAGUUCAAAUCCCAGCAACCACAUGGUGGCUCACAACCAUCUGUAAUGGGAUCUGAUGCCCUCUUCUGGUGUGUCUGAAGACAUCUGCAGUGUCCUUACAUACAUAAAAUAAGUAAAUUAAAAAAAAAAUGAACAAAAACUCAAGCACUUAGGCUAACAGAACAUCUCAGAAUGUGACAGUGAAAGAAAUUUUUCUUUAAACUUUAUUACUUGUUCACCCUUCAAAUAGUUCGUAAUAAAAACCAAGUGGGGUAACCUGAAAUAAUGUAAUAUUCUCUACUAGUUUCUUGGAGUCUGAAAUAUCCAUUGCAAAAGGAAUUACCCAUUGAUGAAUUGGUAAUACUCCUCUCAAAAUAAUGACACCAAUAACAUUCUACAUGUCUAAUCCAAAUGAAAAAAAGUCACACAAAUUAUACUUCUUAAAAGAGGGUAUGGCAAACUAAGCCAUCAAGAUAGGAUGUUCUUUAUCCUGUAGAUGUGCUUACAGAUAUGCAGUUUCCUCCAAAUGUCCAGUAUUGAAAAUCUGUAUCAUAUGCUUGUUUCAAGGUUUAGGAGAGUAACUAUGUUUAAACCCUUUGGCUUUGGCCACUAACUCCUUGCCCAUACUCCAGUAUAUAACUCCAAUAAAUCUCAUUGAUUCAGCAAGUUG